AUGGGGCUCUCCUCCCCUUUUGGAGCAGUGAUCCUGUAUGUAGAAAAGGAAGUACAGGAUCUAGUCAGUAUUGUGAUUGUUUACAACCUGCUUUCUCUGCGCUUCAACUCUCGGAUCCGUGUGAAGACCUAUACAGAUGAGCUGACACCUGUUGAGUCCACUGUUUCUGUGUACAAGGCAGCUAACUGGUAUGAGAGGGAGAUCUGGGACAUGUUUGGAGUUUUCUUUGCUAACCACCCUGACCUAAGAAGGAUCCUGACAGACUAUGGCUUUGAGGGACAUCCUUUCCGGAAAGACUUUCCCCUGUCUGGCUACGUUGAGUUACGCUAUGACGAUGAGGUGAAGCGGGUGGUGGCUGAGCCGGUGGAGUUGGCCCAGGAGUUCCGCAAGUUUGACCUGAACAGCCCAUGGGAGGCUUUCCCUGCCUAUCGCCAGCCCCCUGAGAGUCUCAAGCUUGAAGCAGGAGACAAGAAACCUGAAACCAAGUAGCUCCAAGGAAGGCAUGUGGAUACUAGAAAGCAGUUUAUCUAUAACUGAGCAUCCCUGUAAAUAAAAUCCUUAGGUGAAUGA